GACGGAUGUAUGACUCUGUUCUACAUAUGAAAAUAUCAAUGUUGCAUUUAUUCUAACCGCGCGUUGUUGGAGAUAUUGAUCAAGGAAGAAAAAAUCAUAAUUUGAAGAAAUAUACGCGACAUAAUUAAAAAUAUAAAAGAAAUUGCAAAGAGAAUUGUAAGUCAAGAAAGUAUUCCAAAAUGUAUCUCAUGUAUUAUUUGGACGAAAAUGGAAAGCGAGUGUAUACCUUAAAGAAAGUAGAUCCUAAUGGAAACCCAACCUUCUCUGCACAUCCAGCUCGAUUUUCUGUAGAGGAUAAAUAUUCAAGGGAAAGGAUUACAAUGAAAAGAAGACAUGGCCUACUUCUGAUACAGCAACCACCACCUAGUUAUUAAAUAUAGAAUCACUGUGUUAUAUUUUAUUCGAUGACGCAUAAAUGAAAGGAAGUAUGUUGUAUGAUGAUAUGAUGUGAUUCAACUAAAUAUAAUUAUCUAUAUCAGCAGA